AUGGCGGCUCGUGCCUGUGCCAACUUUGGCGUUCGGGACCUUCUUGUCGUUCAUGCGGCCAAGCUCGAGGCCGCUAUGGGGCGCGCGCGGCGUUCGGCGGAGAAGGCAAGGCAGCUUGGCAUCGACGGCACGACAGAGGCCACCAGUGACGGCAGUUGCCACUGCGCACUUGACCUUUCUGCAUGGAAGGGCUGUGAACGCCUGGCAACCAACGAGGGGGAAGAAGUUUUGCAGUCGGCCAAGCUAUAUGGCAACCUCAAGUCCGCCCUCGCUCACACAGGAUUGUCCGUGGCAUUCUCCGGUCGCCAAGGGCGUAACUUCCGUGAACCCACGUUGACACUCAAAAUGCUUGCCCAAAAACUGGCCUCGAAGCAGACUUGCGUAGUUUCGGCCUCGGCAAGUGCAGCACCUGACGAAGACCCGCAAGGACACUCCAAACAGGCCGCUCUUGUUUUCGGCUCGGAGGACGUUGGCCUUUCCACAGAGUCGGUGCUGAUGUGCACAGAUGUGUGCCGACUACAGACAGCGAACUGUCCAUCCUUGAACCUGUCACAUGCCGUGGCAGUGGUGCUGGCACGCAUUUUUGAGGAGGUGCAAGAAGAGCCUGUGGCUGCUAGCUCAAGCAGUGGUCAGGUGGCAGACUCUGCGAACAAAGUGAAGUACACGGAUGACGCAAUCUUGCCGGCGGCACCGCCAGUGUGGACGGCAGAGUGGUCAGAGCUGUGCCGAGCCCGCCUGGAGGCGCAAGGCUACCCCACAAAGGCUGAGCUUUGGCACGGUCGCGGGCGGAGGAAGUGUCUCUAUGCGUAUCGGCUGUUUCGCGUGGUCACAGAGUGUGCUCGGAGCCUGCAGCGCGCAAACGCGACGGAUGUGGAAGUCAAGGCAUGGACCAGCCUGGUGCAGAGCCUCUCGCAGGCCGAGCGCAGCCACGUCAUGGGGAGGUUCGGUUUUGCCUAUUCUACUCGUAUCUCUCUGGAGCGUGACUUCUGCGGAGCCACUGGAGGCGUUGUCGCCACUCGUGUCUCCUCGCGCUGGGUUUCGUUCUUGGACGCCUGUGUGCGAUUUGCAAGUACUCUGUCGGCCUCAGCUUGCGAGGCGAAUGCCAUCUCAAUCCGCAAGGAUUGCACUGGCGACACUGGAAGUGAAGUCUCAGCAAGUGCACCUCUGGAUCAAAGUUGUGGCACGGGCGCAUUGGCAAGCAGCCCCCGUUCCAAGGAGGCCAUGAGCAUUGAUGCCGAAGCCAAGCUGUCAAAGCAAGCAGAGGCUCUUCAAGCUAUGCAAGCUGACAUGAAGCAGCAGCAGGCUCUCUUGGACCGACGUGGAACAAGACUUCGAGAGGUCCUUGGGGAGCUUCAGUCGAAGGACUUGCAGAUCUUGGCCUUGCGUCAUCAGAUACGAAUCAAAGAUGCCUUGCUGGGGUGCCUUCAAGAUGAGGGACGACUCCGCUUUGAGACCCUGGACUCGGAGCUCGAGUCGCUCCUCGAGAAGGCCUUGACACCUUUGACGGCGAUUUUGACGCGCGAACAGAUGGCUCAUGCUGCGGCGGGUAAGGAGAGGACCAUGCCCUGUGGGAACGCGCUGCAGACUUGA